CUACGUAUGGCGUAUGCCUUCAGGAGUGAUUCAGCUAAAUACCAGUGUGGAGUGUUCCCAUACAUCUACAGUGAUAGUAUCAUUUAUAUCGUGGACACAGUGACAGUGACAGUCACUGACAGAGAGUUUAGCUUCAUGAAACCCAGAAAGGAAUACGCGCCUAGUGUCGUGAAAGCCACAUUUGGAAUGUCGGCCAUUCUAGAAUGUUUUUUCUCUGGCUACCAAGAACCUGUGAUCACGUGGAAGGACAAGCAACAACAGAUCAUCCAGGAAGGUCACGGUCAUUACGUCAUCGACGAUUUCGGCCGGAAGUUGCGAAUUGAACAGGUGAGAGAGGAGGACGAGGGGACGUACUCAUGCACGGCCAGGAACGGUGCCGGGUCGGACGAUGCCAAGAUCUUCCUCAAUGUCACAAGUCCACCUCUGAUGUUAACAACGCCAGACACUUCACUGGAAAAGUUAUACAAACUUUCUGGCCAGAUGGCCACAUUGAAAUGUUGGGCCAGGGCCAUGGAGGGAGAGAACCUGGAGCCACCUGUGUGGUACAGGAAUGGGGAGCUGCUCACUAUAGACAACUUCCCGGACAAAACCAGGUACAGUUUCGGUGAAUGUGGCACCGAGCUGACCAUCAGGAACCUGAACAAGUCUACAGACACCGCCUGCUUCCAGUGUAACAUCAGCAACAGUGAAGGAUACAUCUUUUUUGACGGUUUUCUCAAGGUCGUUGAUUGGGAUGAGAUCGAAUUUUGAUCCAGCCCAACAUUGGUCAGCGUGACACUUAACUUGCUUGUCAGUAAUGUUAGAAGAAAAAAAAAAUUCAAACUUUUUCAGCAACUGAAACAAACUUGUUCUCAAAACUUAAUUUUCGGCUAUAUUCGAUCAUGGAUUUCUCCGCAUUAAUUAUAAU